AUGACUCGACUGAUAGGGGUGCAACUCCUUUCCCUCGUGUUGCUUGUUCCGAGGGGUACAUGGGCUGGGGAUGAAGUGCCUGGUCCUUUGGUUCGAGUGCAAGAAGGAGAUGUGAUGGGACGGACUGUGGGUAUCCCGUACGCCGAGCCCCCAGAACGAUUCAAGGCGCCUGUCCCAAAGCAACCCUGGCAAGGAAUAUGGAACGCCUCAUCGUUCACACCAAGUUGCAACCAAGAUCCUCACCUCUACUAUCCGCCAUCGUCUGAAGAUUGCUUAUAUCUCAAUGUAUACGCGCCAAGUCCAAAGGUGUGUAGACUAGCAAAACCUACUCAAGCAGCCGUUAUGGUGUGGAUCCAUGGAGGAUCCAUUGAAAUAGGCACAUCCAUGACGUGGGAUUUCUAUGGAGUGCCAUUGGUUGCUGUAGGUGACGUCAUUCUUGUGACAUUAAACUACAGGCUAGGAAUAUUCUCACAAUUCACCACUCGAGACAAUGAGGCCACCGGGAACCUUGCUAUGUUUGACCAAGUGUUGGCGCUUCAGUGGGUUAACAACAACAUUGCAGCCUUUGGAGGAGACGUCAGCAGGAUUACAAUAUUUGGAGUAAGCUCAGGUGCCACUAGUGUCAGUCUUCAUCUCCUUUCUAAACUCAGUCGUGGAUUAUUCAGCCAGGCCAUUAUGCAGAGUGGCACGUCACUAGCAAGUUGGGCCUUCCUUGAAGACCGGAAGAAAGACCUAGAUAAUGCCUGGGAUCUUGGCCUAGCAUUGAACUGUGACGUCACCAACUCUUCCACACUGGUUUCAUGUUUGAGAACAAAACCGGCUGAUGACCUCCGUCGAAUAGCAAAACCGAUAUAUGGUUCGUAUUCUUCAAUGCACCUCGACGGUUCAUUUCUUGAAGACACGCCCAAAGCCCUUUACGAAGUCGGAGACUUUGCUCAUGUACCCGUCACCAUAGGCUUCGGUAAGGAUGAGGGAACCAUGAUACCUUUCCUCAGCUUUCCCCAAUACACGGGAGAUCCCAAUCCGCCAUUUAUCAAUAAGACAACAUUUGACGCCUUUGCCAGAGGGUUAUUCGAGGGUGAUGACAUUGCCCCCUUGCUGGAUGCGGUGUCCCAAGAAUACACCGACUGGUCCCACGCAGACGACCCCAAUGCAGAUUAUUUCCAGUCUCUCGUUGACAUGUGCGGUGACGUCAUGUUCAGCUGCCCAGCCGAUUCACAGCUACGCUUCCACACUGGAUCUGGAGACAAAGUUUUCGCUUAUUUCUUCACACAUGCUCCAUCUGCCACGAGUUAUGCCCAGGUUGGUGACGUAAUACCUUUCACGCCAUGGGUUAAUGCUGGUCACGCUGAGGAGCUCAUGUUUGUGUUCGGGAUGCCUUUCAUAGAUGAACUUGCUGAUAUCCACGGUCACAACAUGACGGAUGACGAAAAAUCCCUCUCUGUGAAAAUCAUGACAAUGUGGUCCAACUUUGCCAAAUAUGGGUAUGCGAUCAAAACUACACAUGACAGAGAUAUAAGUUCACCGAUUAUUACUUCAACUACUACUUACAACAUGUUACAUAAGAUGUAUGAGCCACAUAUUUAA